AUGCAGGGUGAUUACAUCUUGAGAAAGAGUAACAAAAGUAAGUAUGAUUACCACCUGGCAGACCGAAUCAGUGAGUUGGCAGAUGAAGUUCUUGUUAGUAUACUGACUCUCCUGCCGCUAAAUGAAGCAGCAACUACUAGUAUCCUUUCUAAGCGAUGGCGGUAUCUGUGCCGGUAUGUGUUGGCAUCUACUAUGACUCUCAAAUUUGAUGAUGAGAAAACUUUAUACAGUUUGAUUGACCUCAAUCGAGAAGAACGAGAACAGAAAAUCCGUAGGUAUGUUGAUUGGGUGAAUAGUGUGGUGGAACAGCAUACAUGGCCAAACAUUGAACAAUUCAGGAUUGCUUUUGAUUUGGAUAAUAGCUUUUCAAGUUCCAUUAAUAAAUGGAUUCAAUUUGCACUGAAAAAAAGAGUUCAAAUUCUUGAGUUGGACUUCUCAAAAGAUGGCAUUCAUCAUAGACAGAAAUCCUGCUAUAAUUUUCCCCAUGAACUUUUAGGUAUCAACAGAGGGUCUACUUCUACAGCUGUGUGUUGUGAAAUUCCAAGUCUAAACCCUUGUGUAUACCUUGGCUUAAAGUCAAUCAGAGUUCUUCAUUUCAAUUUUGUUGAUGUGGCUGAAGAAGUUCUUGAGUGCUUCUUGUCUAAUUGCCCAGUUCUUGAACGGUUAUCAGUGUUUCACUCCCCAAAUUUGGUAAAUUUAAGGGUUGUUGGUCCAUUGAUUGCAUUGAAGUAUCUAGUAAUUCGACGAUGUAACAGCCUUGAAAGCAUUGAGAUUUGUGAUGCAAACCUGGUUUCACUCAGUUAUGUUGGAAAUGAGAUAAGCUUGCUUCUUAGGAAUGUACCGCUGCUUGUUGAGGUAUCCAUUUCUGAGGACUGUAUCUGCAAUAAUUUCAUAGAGGUUGCCUUCACUCAACUUGCGUGCUGUCUUUCUCAGCUAGAGAUUCUCAAACUGACUGAUCAAAUAGUGCCCUACAAGAGGGAUCGUAUAUUUCCUAUAUUAGCAAAUCUAAAGCAUUUGGAAAUAAUAUUUGAAGAAGACAAUGUUUGUGGCCUUCUUCAGUUAACUUCCUUCUUUAGGGCAUCUCCGUGCCUGCACAGACUUGUGUUGUACUUGCAGAUGGACUACACAAAAUCCAUGAGAAGGAAAAUAAAAUAUAAGAAGGCCAAAUGCUCCCAUAAUUACCUUAAGAUAGUGGAAUUGGUAGGGUAUGAUGGUCACACAAGUGAUUUUGAACUUGUCAAGUACUUGGCAAAGACUGCUGUGAAACUGGGGAAAAUUGUGAUAAAAGAAGAAGAGGAGGAGGGCCCAUGGAGAAAAAUGGCAAGAGAUGUUGCUAUGCAGAAGCUUAAAGAAAAAGUUCCUUCAGCUAUAGAAUUUGUAUACCGGUAG